AUCAUCAUUUAUAUACAACUGAUAAGGAAAACGAGGACUCCCGACUCAUCUUGGACUCUCCGAUUUGCUCUCUCCUGAGAUUCUUCUUCAAUAUACAAAUUCUCUAUUCUCUCCUUCACUCCCCGCCGCCGGCCACAUGGAUUUCUUCAAGUCCGUCUUCUCCGACGACGACGACGACUCCACCUCCCUCCCCCAACCCGACCCGAACUCCCCUACCACCGGCGCGUGGAGCUUCGGAGGUCUGAUGACCACCCUGGCGACAAAAUCCGAGUCGGUGCUGCAGACCUACCGCCGCGAUCUCGCCGAGCUCGGAUCCGGCCUCAAGAAGGAGACGGCGGUGAUCCGAGAGGUGGCCUCACGCGCCGUCAAGGAGCUUCCUGCUUCGCUCGAGGUUGGCGCGUCGGUGGCUCAGGUCUCGCUGGAGUCGGUGGGGCAGGCGAUCGACGACAUCGGAAGCACCGUCUGGAAGUCGACGGCGGAGAUCAUCUCCCACGGUAGGGAAGCUAUUUUGCCUGAUGAAAGUGAAUCUGAUAAUAACAAUUGUGAAGAUAAUGAUAGGAGGUUGAGUAGUAGUGGUAGUGAUUUGAGGAGGUACAGUAGGUUUGAAGCUCAGGUUAGGGCCAUUCAGGGGAGUAUGAGUACUUACUUGGAGGAAGUUGAGGAUUUGGAGAGCUAUAGGGAGUGGAAAUUAGGGUUUGUGUUGGAGGAAAAAGCCGAGGAAAUCGAGAGUUUGGUGAGGGAGAACGGAGUGAUUGGGGAGAUUCGUGAGGAAAUUGUGCCCGGGAAGGUUGAUGAUGGGAGCUUUUGGAGUAGGUAUUUUUAUAGAGUGCAUAAGUUGAAGGAAUUGGAGGAUGCUAGAGCUAAGCUUGUGAAGCGCGCCAUUUCCGGUGAUGAGGAGGAUUUGAGUUGGGAUUUCGAUGAGGAGGAGAAGGCUGGUACUAGUGGGAGUGUGGAGUUGGAUGAGGGGGACCGGAGUUGUGAAGUAGUUAAGGAGUCGGAUGAUGCUGUGGGUGCUGAAAUUGUGCCGAGGCAGUCUGUGAGCAGUGACAAGUCGGAGGCGAAGUCGGAUUCGUGCAAAGAGAGCGAUAUUUCGAUUGUUUCCAGCCAGCCUUCGAUGCCGGGGGAAGAGGAUCUGGGGUGGGAUGAGAUUGAAGAUAUUGGAAGCAGUGAUGAGAAGAAAGGGGAGGCUGUUGGGAGCACAAGUAGAGUUGAUUUGCAUAAGAGGCUUAGUGCUGCAGAGGAAGAGGAGGAUUUGAGCUGGGAUAUUGAAGAUGAUGAUGAAGAUGGUGCUACUAAAUCAUGAUAAAACAAUGUUCUCUAUGAUAAUUGUUGUUCGUAUAGUAUGUACAUAAUUGUUCUCAACAUAUGUUCUUUACAGUACAUAAGUGAUUGCAUUCACAUGAAUGACACAUAUUAUAGUUCAAUAUAGAAAAUUUGGUUUUUCGUUUGAGUUCAUCCUGAAGCAGUCCUUGCACCCUUAUGUGUAUCUUUUUGCAGAACAUGUUGGUUUUAUGAUUCUUAAACUAAGUCGAGAUGUUUUGCCAAUGUUCCUCUCUGAUAAAUAGACUUUCAGUGAAAGCAAUGGAAAAGAUUAUGUCAAUCGAUUCUUUGCUCUGAUCAUGGUGAAAGCACUUCAUUUGUGGAUGAGUACCUCUGCCAUAUUCAGGUAAGCUCAUUUAGUUUUUAAAGUGUGUUUUGCUCUUUGAAAUUCAAGUUGAAAAGCUCAUCACCGUGUUGGCACUCCCCCUUCAUGGGGUGCUGAAUAUCUGA